UAUUGCAUGAAGCAGCUGUUACAGGAUCUAUUCAGGCCUCAAAUUACAGAAGUUUGAAAAUAAAAUAAAGAACAGCAAGUUAUGAACUAUUACAAGGUCUUAGGCAAUAAUGAAAAUGCUGUUCUUCCUUUUACUUUCCUUGCUUCACGUUGGGCUACCUAGUCGGAUAACAUUCACGGGAACCGCUAGCAUUAGUUGUUGCAGUGAGUUAGAGAAGAAAGUUAAACAGUUAGAUAGAAGAGCCGAAAUCAAUGCAUUGAAGGCAAAAAUUGAAACACUUGAAGAACGUAUUGCAAAUAUCGAAUAUAAGAAAACAGGAUCGUGUGGUAAGAAGAAUCUAGCAUUAAAUAAGAAAUGUGGACAAAGUUCAUAUAAGGAUGGAUCCGCAUGUGGUUUGGCUGUUGAUGGGAAUUUCAAUACCGUUAUACACACAACAUAUUUCUGGAAGAAUAAUGCUUGGCACGGCGAAACUAACCCGUAUUGGUGGGUUGAUUUGGAAAGCAGUUGUGUGGUAAAACUAAUCAAAAUAUACAACAGAAAAGAUUGUUGUGGUAAAAGAUUCCGCAAUGUUGAAGUUACCAUCGGAAAUUCAUUAGCUUAUAUGAAGUUUUGUGGGUAUUAUAAAGGAACAGCUACAAAAGGAGAAAUAAUAUCUAUGUCCUGCAGAGAACCAAUGGUAGCACGUUACGUAAAGGUGAUGAUGAAGGACCAGAAUACAGAAGAUACAAUACUAAAUUUUGCGGAAGUUCAAGUGUUCUCUUAGAAAAUAAAAAAAGUAUCUGAGAUAUCUAAA